AUGGCCAACAGUUUGGUUUUCACAAUUGCAUAUGUUUUCAUUCUGUUUUGUUCUUCGGCAUUCGGGAAUCGGAUGUACUUGUCUUGGAACAAAACGAAUUCAGUUGUUGCUGCUUCAAAUGCUGAUGGUAUCUGCAAGUUAAUGGUGGAGCCACGAGGUUACACUUGUGAAGAACACAAAGUGACAACUAAAGAUGGUUAUGUGCUAAGCUUACAACGAAUCCCAUUAGGACGAUCGGGUGGCAAGAAGGGAGACCGGGUGCCGGUUCAUUUGCAGCAUGGUCUCCUAAUGGACAGUAUAACAUGGCUGUUGAGCCCUCCAGAUCAAUCGUUAGCGUUGGUUUUAGCUGAUAACGGGUUUGAUGUCUGGCUAGCUAGUUCAAGAGGAACCAAAUAUAGCCGUGGUCAUGUAUCUCUCAAGCCUGAUGAUGAGGCUUAUUGGGAUUGGACGUGGGAUGAGUUAGCAGCUUAUGAUCUUCCAGCCACAUCUCAGUAUGUCCAUGAUCAAACAGGCCAGAAACUGCAUUAUGUUGGCCACUCGUUGGGAACUUUGAUGGCAAUGGCUGCAUUUUCGAAAGGUGAGGUUGUAAGCAUGCUAAGGUCCGCAGCAUUGCUUAGUCCGGUUGCGUAUGUAGGCCAGAUCACGUCCCCUUUAGGCAGAACCGCUGCUGAAAACUUCCUGGCUGAAACCUUGAAAUGGCUGGGCCUUCACGAGUUCAACCCGAAAGGGGAUGCUGUGACCAAGCUUCUCAAGAAAAUCUGUGCGCAACCGGGGGUGGAUUGUACCAACUUGUUGAAUUCAUUCACAGGCAAAAACUGUUGCUUGAAGCCUUCGAUAGUUGACGUUUUUCUAGACCAUGAGCCGCAACCGAGUUCUACGAAGAACUUGAUCCAUGUAGCUCAAAUGAUAAGAGAAGGAACGAUCCAAAUGUACGAUUACGAGGACGAAGGCGAAAACCGGAGGCACUACGGGCAAUCCACGCCUCCGGCUUACAACAUUGAAAGCAUACCAAAAAACAUUCCGUUUUUCCUAAGCCAUGGUGGUGCAGACGCCCUUUCCGACGUGAACGACGUGAAGCACUUGCUACAAACACUCAAAGAUCACGAUCGAGAUAAGAUCGUGGUUCAAUUCCAAGAAGAUUAUGCUCAUGCCGAUUUCGUUAUGGGCACAAAUGCUAGACAAGUUGUCUAUGAACCUCUUAUGACUUUUUUCAAACGUUAUUGA